CCUUCGAUUUUGCCAGCGGUUUACGGUGGCCGAGGACCCACCCACCGAUGGAGAGAGGCUUCACGGGGAAAAGUUCACUGUAGCCUGAUAACGAGGAGCCAUUAUCGCCGCUGGGAGGACGGAGGGCUCUAACCUGCAGACUGUGAGUCUGAGGCCGCUUUUGGUGCUUCUGAGAGCGCGGCCGGGUGGCCCUCGGAUGCCGUUGGUGUAGCCGCUCUCGGGGGGCGCGACACGCUGCUGCAGCCGCUACAGCUGCAGGAUGAAGGCCUGCCCGGAGAACGCGCUGCUGCUGCAGCAGAGCUUCCCGCACGGCGCGGAGGAGGACGGAGCCUUCGAGGGGCUGAAGCAGGAGGAGGAAGUGGAGGAGCAGGAACAUGGAGCUGCGGAGAGGCCCUUCGUGGUGGUGAAGCUGGAGGAGGAGCAGGCGGCCUGCAGCAGCAGCGCUCGGUGCAGCAGCACCAGCACCCCCAGCAGCACCGGCAGCACCGCUGCCGCCGAGGCCAAGAUGGAGCUGGAGCUCAGCCUGUUCGCUCCGGUCGAGUCUGAAGGAGACGAAGAGGAGGAACAGCAGCUGCAGCGGCUCCGCCAGCGCUCUCUGACCGACGGAGACUCCGACACGGCCGGCGUGCCCGUGUGGAGGAACCGCGGAGCCUGCGAGCGAGGCCAAUCAGAGGGAGACGUUUCACAGAAGCGCACUCGAGGACGUCCCAAAAGGCAAAAGAAACCUGCUGCUAGACGAGGAAGACCAAAGAAAGUCGCAGCUGAAGGAGAAACCAGGAUGGAAGUGAUUGUGGAAGCCGAAGAAGAAGAGGAACCUCGUGAGCACGUACCUCCUCAGAAACGAGCUCGGUCCAUGUUCUGGGACUUCUCUCCACCCAAGAUCCCCCACACUGGAGUCUGGGAACAUUUUGAAUAUUUCAUAAAUCCAGAUGGGGAGGUGGAGGAUGACGGUUUUCCCACAUGUAAGUUGUGCCAGCAGAAGGUGGCAUGCAAAAGAGGAAACACAUCCAACAUGCUGAGACACCUACAGGAUCACCAUGCAGCUGCUUAUUACAAAGCCAAGAAAAUGGACAACAUGUGGCCAGACUGGGAAUCCUCAGAUUCAGAGAAGGAGAUGAAAAUGGAGGAGGAUGUGGACGAUUUGGAGAAGCUGUGGCACAGCGAUGAAGAGAAAUACAAAAUCGAAUCAGAUGAGGACGAUGACAACGAUGAUGAAUCGGAUGCUGAUUACACUGAUAGAAGAUAUCCAAAAUCCCCUCGACAGAAGAGGCAGUUCAGGUCGGCCGUGUGGCAGUACUUCCAGUGUGACGACGACAAUGCUAACAAUAAGGACAAAAACCCGAGCUGUAAGAUCUGUGGCUGGAAACCGUCUCCUGGAUCUUCUUGCAAUACAAGCAACAUGCGAUACCACCUUCAGACGCACCAUCAGAUCGUGUGUCCGGUGUCUAAGCCUGGACUGUCUACCAGUCUUGAAAUAACAUUAUCUGAAGGAGAUGAACAGUUACAACUCCACCCACCAAAAAACCCUCGUAAAUCUGGUGUGUGGAAGCUUUUCGGAUAUGUCAUGAACGCACAGGGAGUCGUCGAGGAGAACGGGUUCCCCAUCUGCAGAUUGUGCCAUCAAGUCGUCGCCUCCAAAGAUGGUAAUACGUCAAACAUGCACAGCCAUUUACAGCGCCAUCAUCAGUCCGUGCACGCAGAACUGAAGCACAUAAUUGGCAAUGCGAGACCCGAGCCAAGAUUACCUCCGGAGCCAGCGGACAUUCACGCACCUGAAAAGCACCACAAUUCACCUGUGUGGAAAUAUUUUGGCUUCCUGAAAAAUUCAGAGGGUGUGGUGAAGGAGGACAGUUUUGCACUCUGCAAGAUGUGCCUUCGUAAAGUUGCAGCAAAGGAUGGAACCACUUCCAACAUGUUGAACCACCUGCGGCGCCAUCACGAAACGGAGUACGAAGAAGUGAAGCUAGCAAAUGAUUCUUUGCCUUCGGGAAGUUCGGAAGAAGGAAACGACUUGCCAGAGCUCUUCCCACCCACUGGACUGCCCCUGUCUCCAGUGUGGGACUACUUUGGUUACCAAAAGAAUGCAGAUGGAGUAAUCGAGGAGAAUGAGCACCCCAGAUGUAAAGCGUGCAGGCGCGCCAUCAUUUCCAGACAAGGAAUUUUAUCCAACAUGCUGAGACACCUGAAAUUCCACCACAAUUCUUUAUUUGCUGAGCUGAAGCUCAAAACUGGCAGUCCCAGACAGUACAAGGAAAGGAUGCGCCCCCCUCCUAUUCAAGCCACGGCCGAAGAACUUCAUCCACCCAAAAUUGCUCUGAGGUCAGCAGUUUGGAAACAUUUCGGAUAUCUCAAAAAUUCAGAGGGCAUUGUUGUGCCCGAUGGUUUCCCAGUCUGCAAACUGUGCCUCCGGAAAGUUAGUACCCAGCGAGGAAGUACAACAAACAUGAUGGUCCAUCUGCAGAACUACCAUCAAGCUGAGUUUGCAGAAAUGAAGCUGACCAAUGAAGAAAAUGAACCCAGUGAUGAUGGUGAAACUCAAGGUCAAGCUGAAGAUCGUUCUAAACUUUUCCCACCAAGAGAUCUUCUGGAGCCUGUGUGGGAACAUUUUGGGUACCCAAAAGAUGCAGAGGAAAAUGUCCAGGUGGACGGACAUCCUAUGUGUAAACUGUGUGGGAGCAAGGUGUCUUGUGAAGGAGAAAACACCCAGUUUUUAUACAGGCAUCUUUGGAAGAAACAUAAGUCUGUCUACUAUGAAGUCAAGGUGGCCACAAAUUCUCUGAGAGAAGAGGAUGGAGUUGCACCUCCAGAUCUUUAUCCACCAACACAGAGGGUGAAGUCUGUGGUCUGGGAAUAUUUUGGUUAUUUGAAAGAUGCCAACGGCAUCGUUGUGAGCGACGGCUUUCCCAUCUGCAAAAUUUGCCAGUUGAAUGUCGCCGCCAAAGGAGGAAAUACAACCAACAUGUUCAAACAUCUCCAGGAUCAUCAUAAAGCUGUCUAUGAGGAAAUCAGGCCCAGUUUUCCAGAUGAAGGGGUGGCAGGAAUGGGCCCAUUUUCAGCAUCGUCAGAAUACUCUGCACCAAACAGUCAAAGCAACUCAAAGAUAUGGCAUUAUUUUGAGUACCCUAAAAAUGCUAAGGGAACCUCAACAGGACAGGGGGCUCCAGUGGGAAGCUCAACAGAACAGGGGGCUCCAGUGGGAACCUCAACAGAACUGGGUGCUUCAGUGGAAACCUCAACAGAACCGGGUGCUUCAGUGGAAACCUCAACAGAACCGGGUGCUUCAGUGGAAACCUCAACAGAACCGGGUGCUUCAGUGGAAACCUCAACAGAACCGGGUGCUUCAGUGGAAACCUCAACAGAACAGGGUGCUCCAGUCUGUAGAAUUUGUAACCAGGAGGUGGAGACCAGUGGAGAGAUCACAGCAAAUAUGCUGAAGCACCUUCAAGAGAAUCAUGAGCUUGCCUAUGCUGACCUGCAGGCAUCAGUUGUUCCUUCAAGCACAGAAAGUGGAAUUGGGGCUUCAGACCUUCACCCACCCUCACAAAACCUCUUAUCUCGAGUUUGGGAACAUUUUGGAUUCCUGAAGGACACAGCAGGAUCUGUAGUUUACGAUGGCUAUCCUAUCUGCAGAAUGUGCCAACAACGAGUGGAGGCCAAAGGAGGAGACACAACAAAUAUGUUUUUACACUUGAAAGCUCACCAUUCGCAUAUUUACAAAGAGAUUAAGCCAGCAGGUGAGAGAAGGGUCUACAGGGCCUCAGAACUUGCUCCUCCAAGUGGAGAAAUCGACUCAAGAUUAUGGGAUCAUUUUGGCUAUCCCAAAAAUACUGAUGGGGUUGUUGAAGACGAUGGAGCGCCUGUCUGUAAACUCUGCCUGCAGAAGCUCAUUUCUGUCUCCAAGAGUGGAAGCGUCUCGUCCAAUAUGAUGAGACACCUUCGGAAAAAACACGAGGCGGUCUACAAUGAAGUCCAGGAAGCAAUUACUGUACUGAGAGCUGAGGGGGGCAACGACCUGUCGGAGCUCCAUCCUCCAACACAGAACGUUACAUCUCCAGUCUGGGAAUAUUUCGGAUACCUGAAAGAUACGGAGGGAUUGGUCGUGAGUGAUGGUUUCCCCAUCUGCAAAAUGUGCCAAAAAAAAGUGGCGUCCAAAGGAGGCAAUACGACCAACAUGUUCAAGCAUCUGAAGGAUUAUCACCGGAGCGUCUACGACGAGAUUCGCUCUGCAGUUACAAACGAGACACUUGAGGAAACCUACACGCCUGCCGACCUUCAUCCGCCAAGCGGCCAGUAUGACUCGACACUGUGGGAGCAUUUCGGAUACCGCAAAGACUCAGAGGGAGCCCUCCAAGAGGACGGAGCGCCGUUUUGUAAACACUGCACUCGAAAACUGGUUUCGAAGGGCGAGACGACAAGAAAUAUGAGACAGCAUCUGAAGGAGAACCACAGUGAUAUCUACUCUGAACCAGAGGAGGUGGUGAGCUCCUUCACCUGGGAGGCAGACAUGGACUCGUCUAGCCUUUGUCCUCCAACACACAAGGUGAAAUCGGCCGUGUGGAAGUUCUUCGGCUACCCGAGAGAUUCAGAAGGGUCCGUGGUGUGUAACGGCUUCCCCAUCUGCAAACUUUGCCAGAAGAAAGUGUCCGCCAAGGGAGGAAAUACAACCAACAUGUUCUCACAUCUCAGAGAUUACCAUCGGCCCACGUAUGAUGAAAUCAAGGCUGUGGUCACUCCUGCCAGGCCUGAAAACGAGGUUGAACCGCUGGAGCUUCACCUCCCCACAGCAGAGGCCAUGUCUCCAGUCUGGAAGUACUUUGGAUACCCGAAAAACGCAGACGGGUCUAUUGUGUGCGACGGCUUCCCUGUCUGCAGAAUCUGUCAGAAGAAAGUGUUGGCCAAAGGAGACAACACCACAAACAUGCUUAUACAUCUAAGAGCGUACCAUUUGGAUAUUUACAAAGACGUCAAGUGCGCAGUAGCAAAAAAAGUUGUCUACAGGCCUUUCGAGCUCUUUCCACCAAACAGCCAGAACGACAUAAAGUUGUGGGACCACUUUGGAUAUCCUAAAAAUGAAGAGGGCGUUCUCCAAGAGGAUGGAGCUCCUAUCUGUAAAAUCUGCCUUCGGAAACUCAUGAAAGCUUCAGGGGACGGGACCCCAACAACUAACAUGCUGAGGCACCUCCGGAAGAAACACCAGUCGGUGUUCGAUGAAGUUCAGGAGGCAAUCACAGCAUUGAGAACAGAGUGGGGUAUCGAGCCCCCAGAACUUCAUCCACCAACCCAGAACGUUACGUCUCCGGUCUGGGAAUAUUUCGGCUACUUAAAAGACGCAGAAGGGUCGGUGGUCUGUGACGACUACCCCAUCUGCAAACUGUGCCAACAGAAAGUGGCCUCCAAAGGCAGAUGUACCACAAACAUGUUUAAGCAUCUCAAGGAUUACCACAGACCCACCUACGAUGAGAUCAGGUCUGCAGUUACAAAUGAGUCGUUUGAGGAUGUUUGCUUGCCUACUGACCUCUUCCCUCCAAGUGGGCAGUAUAACCCCAAACUAUGGGAGCACUUUGGAUAUAGAAAGACUCCAGAGGGGAUCGUUGAGGAAGAUGGCGCUCCGAUCUGUAAACUCUGUGUUCGAAAAUUGGUCUCUAAGGGUGAAACUACAGCAAACAUGAUGCAGCACCUUAAGGAGAACCAUAACACUGUCUACAAUGAAGUACAGAGGGAAGUUAACCCAUUUACAAUAGGAGGAGCCACUGAUCUCCCAGAUCUUCACCCACCAGAACAUAGAGUGAGGUCAGCUGUGUGGAAGUAUUUUGGCUACCUCAGAGACACGGAGGGUCCAGCAGACUGCGCCGGAUACCCGAUCUGCAAAAUUUGCCUUUCAAAAGUGUCAAACAAAGGAAAAGUGACGGCAAAUAUGACUGCACAUCUGAAGGACCAGCACAGAACUUUCUAUGAUGAGCUCAAGAUUCCAGAAAAAAGAGAAAAGGUGGUCAGUGCUGAGGAACUGCCAGAACUUUUCCCACCAAACAAGCGCCCGAUUCCUCCGAUAUGGGAGUAUUUUGGACUCCCCAAGAAUGACGAAGGGGUUGUGGAGGAGAAUGGAUGCCCAGUUUGCAAAAUAUGUGGCAGAAAGGUUUCCAGUCAGGACGGAAGGAGGAUGAUUAGACAUUUGCAGUUCUGCCAUUUUACUAUGUAUGAAGAAUUCAAGAAGAAAACUGUUCACGUCAAUCAUACGAAUUUGAAGGCAAACAGAAGAUCAAAGUUGGGUCUACAAGGAGGAAACGAACCUGCAGAACUCUGCCCCCCAUCAAAGCAAGUUAGAUCCUUCGUUUGGGAAUAUUUUGGCUAUCCGAAAAACCCCGACGGAACCAUUAACGUGGACGGUCGCCCGGUCUGCAAGACCUGCUUCCGCAAAGUAUCCAGCCAAGGAGGAAACACCACGAACAUGCUCAAACACUUGGAGGAUAAGCACGGGUUUAGUCAGUAGCUCAGAGAGAAAUCUGCAGAGUGGACAAAGUUGUAUGAAAACUGUUCCAAGGAAAUGUGCAUGUAAACGACUGUACCUUAAGCUCUUUUUAUAUUGUAUGUUUGUUUGCUUGUUUUUUUUUUUUUUUCCUUUUCUUUUUUUUUU